AAAUAUUUUAAAGUCUCUCAUCUCUUUCAAUCAGACCGUUACGAACAAAAAGAAGAAGAGCAGUAAAGCUUUGCGAGAAGACGACACAGCGCGAAAAAAACAAAAACCUCGAAUCCAGAUUUUGAUCCAUCCAUAAUGUUGGAGGAUACGAUCUCAAACCCUAGUAUGGAACCUCUGUUAUUCUCCGUCGAUCCAAUGUCUCUCUUACUUUCUCAAAACAAUCUCUGCGAAUUCGAGAGAGGACCCAGAUACGGAGAAUACGCGACACUGCGAGAAUCAAAGCUUCGACUUAAGCGAGAGUACGAGAAGAUACUCAAGGAAGAGGAAGAGAGGUUCUUCCGCGGAGACAAGAAACAAACGAGUUUCGGCUUUACAAGACAAGACGAAAUCAAAGUUUCGCCGGAGAAGAAGAAGAGAUUUGGGUUUAACUGUGUUCCGGCGAACGCUAAUCCGCGUCGAAUGUCGUCGUCUUCGUUGGCUCAAUCGGUUCCUGAUUUCUCCGCCGUGAUCCGCAAGGAAAAUCGCCGUCCGGUUAACUCGAACUUGCUCCCCCGGAGGACGGAUCUCACUCCGCCGCCGCCGUCUAAGAGCAGAACAGCCUCUGGAACGGUUUCUUCCGUAAGAGGAAGCAUAUCUGCUAGUGCGGGAGAGAAGAAAAGCAAAGGGAUCAAUGCCACCGUUGAAGAUCUUAAGAAAAUUUCCACCGCCGCAGCUUCAGCCAUUAAUGGCGGUGGAAGGAAGUCACUCGGCGGCGGAGGAGGAGGAGGAGGGAGGAGGAAAUCAGUUAGCGGUGGUGGUGGUGGUCGGACUAUUCUAGGUUACAGACAAACUUAA